AGGGAGCCUCGAUAUGCUGUCUACGACCAACUACGUAGCGCGACGAUACGGUGUGCGCUCCGGGAUGCCAGGGUAUAUUGGCAGGAAGCUGUGCCCCUCACUCGUCAUUGUGCCAACCGACUUUGACGCGUACCGUGCGGAGAGCGCCGUGGUGCGGGGAAUUGCGGCCGAGUACGACCCCAACUUCACUAGCGUGGGCCUUGACGAGCUGACGAUGGAGGUGACGGCGUACCUGCGGGCUCACCCUAGCAUGACUGCGGCGGAUGUUGCGUCCGAGUUCCGCGCGCGUGUGUUCGCGGAGACGCAGCUGACUGCCAGUGCAGGGAUUGGCCCGACGGCGACACUGUCCAAGAUUGCGAGCAACUACAAGAAACCGAACGGCCAGCACGAGCUGCAGCUUCGGACGCGCGAGGAUGUGAUGGACUUUAUGAAGAACCUUCCGGUGCGAACCGUGCCUGGGAUUGGCCUUGUGCAGGAGGCCGCUUUAGGUGCCCUGGGUAUCCGCACCUGUGGCUCACUGUUAAGGCAGAAAACGAAGCUGUGUUUUUUGUUUCCGGAGAAAACGUUUCGAUUUUAUCUUUCGUCGGGACUUGGGGUGGUGACGAGCCACGCGGACCGCAUGCGAAACGAUAGGGCACAAAAAACCAUAGGCCAUGAAAUCACCUUUAAGCGUCGUUUGAAGAGCGAGGCGGAGUUGAAGCAACUUGUGCGGAAGGUUCUUGUGAUGGCGCACACCACCCUGCUGCACCGACGUGAGACGGCGCGACACGUCAUGCUGCACCUGAAGAGACGUUCCUUUGAGGGUCAUCAGUAUGGUGCGACCUUGACGGAGGCUACGGAUGAUUUUGGCGCUCUAUGGGAAGCGACGCAUGACCUCCUCCAGCCCCAUCUUGUUAUGUUUAACGACUUUAGACUGGUGGGUGUGCGACUAGGGAAACUGCGCUUGAUAUCUGAACUGCGGCAGAUACAAAAUGACUUGAGUAGGCGUUUUCCUGCACGUGCCAAUGCUUGUCUGCUUUCAGCUGAGCAGAGUCUUAAAAGGCUCGGCAGUGCACACGUGUUGCGACCUCCAUCUAAGAAGAUGAAGCGGGUCAUGAUCUCCGUCUAG